UUCACAGCUACGUUCGCAUGAACAGCUGAUUGACGCCCUAAAGCCCUGACCCACCAACCUCUAUACGGAUCCCCUAGACUUGCAGCAUAUGAAGCAGCCUUUGAACUAUGAACUGCAGGAACGAGAUUGAGUCGUCGGAUUCCCAUGCCCCUUUACUUUCCCCGGAUCCGUUGGCGCCACAAGACAAUGACGAAAAUCCCCGCAUCUCUCACUCUUGGGCAACACUGGCAGGAGACUGGUUUAUAUGGUCUUUAACAUUCUCUGCUGGAAUUAGCGGGCUAUUGUUUGGUUACGACACAGGCGUCAUUUCUUCAACGCUCGUAUCGAUUGGUUCUGACCUUUCUGAUCGCCCGCUUACCACUCUAGACAAGAGUCUUAUCACAUCAUGCACAAGCCUAUUUGCCCUGAUCGCAAGCCCAUUGGCGGGCAUAUUGGCGGAUAAAUUCGGUCGCAAAAAGGUCAUCAUCAUUGCGGACGUGUUCUUCACCUUAGGGGCUCUCAUUCAGGCUAUAGCCAAUACCGUGUGGGGUAUGAUAGCUGGAAGGAGCAUUGUUGGCUUGGCUGUUGGCGGAGCAAGUCUGGUUACACCAUUGUAUAUAUCUGAACUCGCGCCAUCUCAUGCGCGUGGAAGACUAGUGACGAUUUUGUGUCUACUCAUCACUGGGGGUCAAGUCAUAGCUUAUGUUAUUGGCUGGCUUUUUUCCAAUACAUCUGCAGGUUGGCGCUACAUUGUUGGCAUUGGAAUGAUUCCUGCUAUCUUUCAAUGCAUCGCUGUUGUCGCUUUACCCGAAACUCCACGAUGGUUGGUGCAAACAGGCCUGGAUGAUGCGGCUGCAGACGUCCUAUUAAGAGUCUAUCAGGGCCACGACGAAAGUAAACAAAUGGCUGAGAGUAUUUUGCAUGAUAUCCAGCAAGAAGUAUCCGAAGAGGCUGAGACACUAAACCGUUCAAACAAAUUGUCUGGACAGUAUGAGUACUGGAUUCCGAAUGCUAUCCAGCGCACUCGCAAUCUCUUCCUAAUCGGUGGUAACCGCAGGGCACUAACGCUAGCUGUUAUGCUACAAGGCUUACAACAGCUAUGUGGAUUCAACUCACUGAUGUAUUUCUCGAGCACGAUCUUUGCCAUUCUUUCCUUUUCCUCCCCUACUCUCACAGCGUUAUCAGUGGCAAUGACCAACUUCAUUUUCACUCUAUUUGCAUUUGUAUACAUUGAUAGAAUCGGACGACGCCGCAUCCUUCUUUACUCCAUACCUGUCAUGAUUCUUUCGCUCACUUUCUGCGCCAUGGCCUUCGGAUCGUUACCCCUAACCAAGUCAUCAUAUGAAGCUGGGGGAAGAGACAAAACAGGUGCCACUAUCAUUAAGGAUACUCUUCACCCGGUUUCAGUCCUUCUGUGUCUCACUGUUUACACGGCGUCGUACGCUUUCGGUCUUGGUAAUGUCCCCUGGCAACAAUCCGAACUGUUUCCCCUGAAUGUACGCUCGUUGGGUUCGUCUCUUGCAACAGCUACGAAUUGGGGAUCGAAUUUCAUCGUGGGCUUGUCCUUUCUGCCAAUGAUGGAAUGGCUGUCACCAGCAUGGACGUUCGCGGCAUAUGCGGCUGUAUGUGUACUGGGGUGGAUUGGGGUGUGGGCUAUCUACCCCGAGAUGGGCGGGCUCAGCCUAGAGGAGGUAAAAGGUCUCCUAGCCAACGGCUGGGGAGUUCGAGAAAGCCUGGAACGGAAUCUUCGCGGUCAUGAAGUGGGUACAAGAUACUAGUCUAGAUGCCCAGGUUAUAAGCCUCUCUCCGGUUGUCACUAAUGAAGAGCAUGUGUCUGAUUCAAGGAGAUAGUGAGAGAUAUUGGUGCUGGAUCAUCUUGCUCUCCAGUUGUGCCUUACAGGCUAUAGCAAAAGAGCCAUGUUGCCUAUUCACCUUACUUUUCG